AUGGGUAUAAAAAAGAUGUUUAAGAAGAAGGAACCCACCGAGGGGGAAAUUCGAGACGAAUUAGCGCAUAUUGGGGUGACUACCAAGUCCCAGAACAAAACCAGAGACGAGAAGUUUGGGGCGUUCAGAAAUUAUGCUCAGGAGAGACAAAAUGCUAAACCAGGGUUUCAGCCGGUAAACCCGUAUGCUAAUGUGAAUAAUGGUAACGGUAAUAGCAACCCGUAUGCACAACAAGGGGGUGGUGGUGGAGCUGACGGGGGGGCAGCGGAUGGUAAUAAUAGUUCGCCAUAUGACACGCAGACCAAUCCUUAUGGAAGCAGAAGCGAAAGGGCGAGUAAUCCAUAUGGAAAUGGGGGAGUGAGUUCAGGUGCGAGAGGUGAGAGGGCUGGGGGCCGGAAUGGGCAAUCGAAUCCAUAUGGAGGGGCGUCGGCAUCGCGAGCAGGUGGGUCGAAGCCAAAUCCAUAUGGAGCGGUACAGAAUGAAGACACCGAGUCCAUAAAUACGGCGGUGACGGGUUAUGCGGAUCCGUACAGCAAUGAGACGGCUCGUGCAUCGAGACAGAGCACCAGAAGACCACGGGCGUACGACGAAGAGUCGUUGGAUUUGAAUGCAAUUCCUUCAAACCAGGUGUACACAUCUACCAAGCCAAUAAGGAGGACGCAAAUGGGUGAUGAUGAGACGUUAGACCUUAAUGAGUUACCCGAAGAAGACGACUUGAAUGUUGAUGUGGAUGAUUUGCCAGAACAGGAACAGGUGAACUCAGAGGAUGAAGAAGUUGAAGCCAUCAAGCAGGAUAUCAGAUUCGUCAAACAGGAAUCGGUCGGUUCCACCAGAAAUACGUUGAGAAUGGCACAAGAAGCUGAUGCAUCGGCUACCAACACCCUCGGGAUGUUGGGGUCACAAUCGGAAAGAUUGUAUAACGCGGAACUGAAUUUGCUAUUGGCAGAUACUCAGAGUAAAAUUGCCGAUCAGAAGGUUAAAGACUUGAAGAGAUACAACAGGUCGAUUUUUGUGCCUGCGUACGGUAAUCCAUUUAAUAAAAAGUCGAGGUUGCGUCAACAGGAAAUGCAAAUAAAAGCAGAGAAGGCACAAGAAAAAUACCUCAGAGACACCAACCGUAAAGAAAUGUAUGCGAGUGAACAGAGAAUCAAGCAGGGUAUCAAUCAAAACGCCACCAAUUCCGACAUUCAUCAAAAAUAUAGAAACGAGAGAGAUUUGGAAGCCGCCAAAAGAUAUCAAUUCGAAAAUGAUAGUGAGGACGACGAGAUGGAAAAGGAAUUGGCCAGCAACUUGGACCAAAUUGGAUUGUACUCCAAGAAGUUGCAAAGUUCGGCCUUAACUAUGGGUAAAGAAGUUGAUAGUCAAAACCAGAGAUUAGGAAAGAUUGAGGAAGAUGCCGAUAGAUUAGAUAUUAAUGUGCAUAUGAAUAGUGCCAGGUUGAACAAUAUUCGAUAA